ACUUCUAACUAGUGUCAAUAAAUGACAUAAACGUCAAUAAUUAUUCUAACCUCAAAGCACGUGUAAUUAUUAUUAUAUUAAUUCUUUUAAAAUAAUGUCGGAUGAAGAAUAUCAAACUUCAGAUUCAGACGAUGAUUAUGCAGAAAAUGAAAAAAUUUUACUUAAUAAAGUAAGAAAUCGCAAACGGGAUUCCUCGGACUCUGAAAAUGAAGUAUAUGGAGUUGGUACAGAUAGUGAUAAUAGUUCAAUAGCUUUGAGUGAUGUGGAAGGUCAAGAUGAUGACAAUGAUCUCCCCAAUGUAAGAGCUUGGGGAAAAGACAAAAAAAGUUAUUAUUGGGCUGAUUACGUCGAUCAAGAUUAUGGGGGAUUUCAAGGAAAAGAUGCUGUGUUGGCUGAGGUUGAAGAAGAAGAGGCUAGAAAUUUACAAAAGCAAUUAGUUCAACAAUUAGAUGAAGGCGAUUUUUCUUUGGAUUUAUUUGCAAAAAAAAGUGAGGGUGAAGCUAAGGAUAAAAUUGAAGAAGUAAUUAAAACGGAUAUAAGUAAAUUAUCUCAAAGGCAAAAGUUGCAAUUAUUAAAAAAAGAAUCGCCCGAAUUUUUUGAAUUGAUCGAUGAUUUUAAAAAUAAAAUGGAAAUUAUAACAAGUUAUUUAGGUCCAGUUAUAAAACUAAAAAAGGAGUGUAAAAUUAAGUCAUCGAAUGCUGUGGAAUUCAUUACAACUUAUUAUAACCUAAUUUUAAAUUACUUCUCGAAUAUUUCUAUGUAUUUGUUAUUAAAAUCAACAAAAACACCUCUUCAACAUCACCCCAUAGUAAAAAGAUUAUUUCAAUAUCGACAAUAUCUUUCACAAAUGGAAUCUGUAUUUGAGGAAGUUGUAAAAGAUCAAAUCAAAGCUUUACUUGAAAUGGAUUUCAAUGAAAAAGAAAAGAUUGAAAAGAAACCUAAAACACUAAAACUUUUAGCAAAUUUGAAAAAUAAGAAAUCAAUAUUAAAGGAAGAUAUUUCAAAUGAGUUAAAUGAGGAAUAUGAUGAAAAUAUUAAAAAGUCGGUUAAAUUUGCUGAUGAAUCUGAUUCAAAUGAAAAUAAUUCAGAUCAAGAUGAAGAAAAUCAAGAACAAGAAGAAAUUUUAGGCGAAAAACGUGCUAUAACAUAUCAAAUGGCUAAAAAUAAAGGUUUAACACCACUGAGACGUAAAGAACAAAGAAAUCCGAGAGUUAAACAUCGAAAUAAGUUUAGGAAAGCUAAAAUUCGUAGAAAAGGAGCUGUUCGUGAAGUUCGAAGAGAAACCACAAGAUAUGGAGGUGAAAUGUCUGGAAUUAAAGCUUCUGUUACUAAAAGUGUUAAACUUAAAUAAAAAAUUCUUUUUCAACAAGUUAGGUUAUAUAAUAAAAAGAAUGGAAAAUUGAAAAACAAAA